AUGGAUUUCAUAGCUGAAAAAGUUAUUGGAGGGUUGAGCUCUCUCGCUGUGAAAGAGCUCGGAAUCAUAUGUAACCUCAGAGAUGAUAAACAAAAAAUUGAGAGCAUAGUCUCUUCAAUAACAGCAGUGCUCAAGGAUGCAGAGGCAAAGGCCAAUCAACAUCAAGUUAGGACUUGGGUGGAGGACCUCAAAGAUAUACUUUUUGAUGCAGAUGACUUGUUAGAUGAUUUCUCUACUGAAGCUUUGAGAAGGAAACUGAUGAGAGGAAGUAAGAUGAUAAGAAAGUUGAAAACUUUCUUCUCCAAACAGAAUCAAAUUGCCUAUGCUUUCAAAAUGGGUCACAGAAUGAAAGAAAUCAGGAAGAGGCUCGAUGAUGUUGCAAAUACUAGGCAGCAGCUUCAACUGCAUAAUUACGCUGUUGAGAAUCCAGAUGCAUAUAGGCAAAGGCAAACCUUCUCUUUUGUGAGGGAAGAUGAAAUCAUAGGGAGAGAGGAAGAAAAGAAUCGUCUUAAAGGCUAUUUAUUUGAUGCCAAUGUAACCGAUAAUGUUUCUGUGAUUUCCGUAGUUGGGAUUGGAGGAUUAGGUAAGACUGCGCUUGCUCAGUUAGUGUACAAUGAUGAGGAGGUCCAACGAAAGUUUGAUCUCACAAUGUGGGUAUGGGUCUCCCAUGAAUUUGACAUAUGUAAAAUAGCUCAAAAUAUUGUUAGGCAAGCCUGUCAAAAAGAAAACAAAAAUAAUGGUGGGCGAGCACAAAAUAUUCUUGGGCAAGCCGAAAAUAUUGUUGGGAUCGAGGAGGCGCAACAAAAAUUAAGAGACAAAAUUCGAGGGAAGAAAUAUUUACUAGUGUUGGAUGACGUGUGGAGUGAAGAUCGUGAAUUGUGGAUUCAAUUGAAACGCUUAUUGAUGGAAGGAGGACAUGGUAGUAAGAUAAUUGUCACCACACGUAAUAAAAGAGUGGCAAACAUAAUGAGCGCAUAUCAACACGUUGUAUUGGAAGGUUUAGACUUUGAAAGAUCUUGGAAGCUAUUCUGUCAAAUGGCAUUUGAUGAGGGAACAGAGCCUCGUGAUUCAGAAUUGGUAGACAUUGGAAAGGUCAUUGUUAAAAAAUGUGGAGGAGUUCCCCUUGCCAUAAGAAGUGUUGGUAGUCUCUUGUUCUCUCGAAAGUGCGAGUAUAAUUAUUGGCGACAUAUCAGAGAUGUUGAGUUUCCAAAAAUUGAACAAAAGGAGGACAAAACCUUAGCAGUUCUUAAGUUGAGCUAUGAUUAUCUUCCCUCUUGUUUAAAACAUUGUGUGGCAUAUUGUUCUUUGUUUCCAAAAGGUUAUCGGUUUGAAGAAUCUCAACUCAUUUGGUUGUGGAUGGCGGAGGGAUUUAUUCAACUCUCAGAUGACACUAGAUGUGAAGAAGAUGUUGGACAUGAGUACUUCAUGGAUUUGAUGUCAAAAUCUUUCUUUCAAGAUGUCGAAAGGGAUGUCUUCGGAGAAAUAUGGUGCAAAAUGCACGAUCUUAUGCAUGACUUAGCACAUUUGGUAGCUGGAAAUGAAUAUGCUGUUCUCAGAGAAGGAAAAGAAGCUGACAUAAAACAGAGAACCCGCCGUCUGUCAUGUCAUUUUCCCUCAAUUUUUGCUAGUAAUGUAUCAUCUUCUUUGACAAAAGGAGUUAAAAUAAGGACUCUUCUUUGCACUGAAUAUUACACUGAAAUUUAUUCAGGCUCGUCAGCUUUUGGUUAUGUUUUAAACCUAAAGUGCUUACGUACACUAAAGCUUUUUAAUUUGGACAUUGAAGAAAUUCCAGAAAGUAUCAAAGAGUUGAAGCAUCUGAGAUACCUUCAACUUUCAAAUUUUCCCUGGCUGCAGAAGCUCCCAUCGGAGAUUACUGGCUUACCUAACUUGCAAACUCUGUGGCUCAUUCGAUGCCCCAAGGUGAAAGAACUACCAUCAGAUGUCAAUAAACUGAUAAAUCUCCGGCACUUUUCAAUCCUUGGUUACCCAAUUCGCCUAGAAUGUAUGCCGCAGGGUGUGGGGGAGUUAUCAAGUCUCCAUACUCUAAUGCCAUUUGCAAUGGGCCCUACCGACAGCGUUAGCAGGCUAAGAGCACUGAGUGGUCUAAUCAACCUCAGAAAACUAUAUAUCACAAGGUUGAAUUUUCUGCGCCAAUGUGCUCGAGAUGUUGACAACGCAAAGGUACUUGUUGCGAAAGCACAUUUGCAAGAGUUGCGAUUAUGGUGGUCAGAAUUUUACCAAGGGAACGAAGAUGAAGAAGCUGUACAUAAUGAUGAGAUAAUUUUACAAGGCCUACAGCCGCAUCGCUCAAUCAAAAUCCUAGCAAUAACUGGAUUUUCCGGCACAAGUUUGCCAGACUGGAUUUGGGGUCUCUCAUCACUCGUCCGUCUUGAGCUGUGGAGUUGCGUGUUUCUGACUUCACCAUCUGAAGGAAUUCUUAACCUCAAAUCACUACAAAAUCUCGUAGUAAUCGGGUGCCCAAUCUUAAGCGACAGAUGGAGAAGAGAAGAGUUGAGACUUGCUCACAUCCCCAAUGUUUGUAUCGGCAGCUACAUACAACGAGGAUCAACAGUGUCCUCGCUUCAGCUUCCGCAAUGGCUUUGGCAUUGA